AGUGAGUGUGACAGCCGCCAGCAAUUUGAAGGCGAAGAAGAAGUAGUAGUCAGUUCUUCACUCCUGAUGGUAAAAUGAUGGCAGAUUUAUCACUUUAUUUAACCAAUUCGAAUGUUUCUUUAGGACAAACUGUGGACACUGAAAAGAGUCCAGGAGGUGGGGUGGAUUUUGACAGUGUGGAAAUGGAAGACUCAGGAAGGAGGUCAGUGAGAGUGAAGGUGCCUCGGAGGACCAUCUACUUUGCCAGUGGAGAGACGAUGGAGGAAUACAGCACAGACGAAGAUGAGCAGGAGCAAGCCAUGACGAAGAAAGAUGUUGUGACUGUAGAUCCGUCCAAAUUGACCUGGGGUCCAUAUUUCUGGUUCCACCUGUGGAGAGCAGCUACCUCAACUAUCUCAGUGUGCGACUACAUGGGCGAAAAACUAGCAUCUCUGUUUGGCAUCACAACUCCGAAAUAUCAGUACGCAAUUGACGAGUACUACCGCGUAAAGAAGGAGGAGGAGGAGGAGGAGGAGGAGAACCGCCUGGGAGAGGCUGCGCAGCAGCACUUUGAGGAGCAGCAGAGGAGUGACUAUGAGGGAGAGUCUGUACCUGCUUGUGCUCUUGCCGUGGAGCAGCCGGCACCCUCUGGUGCUUCAUUUGUUAACGUCAGCUUUGAGAUGGAACUUGAAGCUCCCAGUCAGGCCACAGACUCCAGCAGGGUCCCUCCUCCUCUGUCCUCCUGAGACCCAACCAGCAGGUUCAAAACAGGCAGGUUUGGUUAACAUUGCUCAAAAACUCACAAACCAGGAUUCAUGACACUCCGAAACAUUUGGGUUUGUAUUUUUUUUUCCAAACAGUCAAUCAGCUGAUUGAUCAGUUACUGAUUGUUUGGAUUAAAUAUUGAUCAUGUGAAUCCAGCACUUGGACUGCAAACAGAGGACCAACAUACCUUAAACCCACGAUGCAAGUCCCAGAACCAAACCCAGAAAACCUCCUAACACUAUGUUUCAGAAGUCACCUUAUCAGUUUUUGAGUGAUCCAGAGAGAACUUGCUCAGUUGCGUAAAUUAUAUUUCCCAUUUUUGUCAGUAAUUUCAAUAUUAACAUGUCGUGGAUUCAUGGUGGAUGGUUGAUGUGAGUUGGAUUUGGGUUAGAAGAUUAUUUAUUUGGAUGGGGUCUUUCUUUGGAUUUCGAUCCUUCUGGUGGAGCGUUAACAAGAGCUGCUUUAGUUGAUGUGAAUUAAUUAAAAAGGUAUUGUGAAGAAGUAAACAGAUGUCUGUGCACAUGACUAAAGGUACCUAAUAUUUAAUAAUUGUGUUAACACAAACGGGUAAAUGUUUCCAUAAUGAGUCUGCAGUACAAAAAAACAUGAUGUAUUUGUGAGGUUUUUUUUAAUGAUUAUUUUUGUAUUUUACACUGAUUUUUGCGAAAUACAAAAAAAAAAAAAUUGAAACUCAAUUUGCGCAAAUUGUUUGUGCUUCUUUUUAACGAUUUAAGAUGCUUCUGUGGAAUGAAUGUAAUUAAGAACAUUUAAUACUUUUAUAUUGUGAUUAAUCAAAAAUAAACAACUUUGAUUUGACUGA